CAAAUAGGUAUUUAGGUAUCCCGGAACCGGAUCGUGUUUCCGCCCCCUUUCUCGCAUCGCCCGACUCACAAAUCACUGUCGCGCACGGGCACGGCCGAGUCGGCUCGUCCUUCCUCGGCACCGGACGGCGCCGGCAGCACCGACGAGAGGCGACAGCAUCGGGAUACCAUAUUAUCCCUUCUGGUGUGGCAUCUCGUUUCUCAGAUCUCGCUCCUCUCCAGCAACGCCGACGACAAGCGACCGCAUAAGGAAUUAGACUUUUAGAGGCAAUGUCAAGGGUGAUAAAGAAGUUCUUUAUUGCAUCCAUGAUCAUGUGGAUAGCUCCAGUAGUCAUCUUAUAUGGUUUUAACAAUCAUGUGUUUCCUGGUACAAGCCAUCUUUCUUCUUCAUCCCAAACACUUGUAAGUGGAUUCCUGGCUGUUAUAUCAGUGAAUCUGGUAAUUGGAAUCUACAUCUUCAUGGCACUGAAGGAGCCUAGCAACAGGGAGCACCAGCCAGAUCCUGCGUUUUUGGCAGAUGCAAAAGCUAGCAUCAACCAAACACAAGCAUCUACUGCGACAAGCAAUGACAGUGCAGAAACAAGGGAGAAAGCGGAAUGAGGCUUCGGGCUUACUUCAGAUGCUUUGCUUAAUUACCACCGAAUCAACGUUGUGUUCUUGUUUUUCGUCUAUACUUGAUUCGACAACAUUUGAAUGCAAAUAUUGCAUAGUUCACUGAAAGGUAUGCGAAGAUGAAUAUGUUUCAUGAGAGUCUAGCUAGGAAAAAUAUCGGCUUUCUAAUUUAGAAGAUCUUUGUUUU